AUGGCUUGUGGAUGUUGCAACUAUGUCACCCGCUCCUUACCAUUCCUUGCUACUUUACGGGACUUAAACGUUUUUUCAACAUGUCAGAGUCACGGGAAGGAUCGGAUCCAACCAACACGCCUCGCAACGUUUCACUGUACGACGGCGCUCAACGGAGCUACUGUCUCUCUAGGCUCAGCUUCCUCUCAGGAUUGCGCCGCCUCCUCGCCAUCUCGUCAGCCCUCCGCCUUUUCCAUCGAUGUUGAACGUCCGAAUUCGGAAAUUUUUGGACCUGUGAACUUUUCCCUCAACGUCAAACUUCACGCUCUCCCCUCCUUCCCCCCCGCGCAAUGUCUUCAUGAUUGGAAUCUUUACAUCAAAACCCCAACAAAUCUGUCAACCCCUCUGUGGCACAAUGCAGCCAGAAGACCCUGGCCGCCCGACGACGCAUGCAAAGUAUACGGUGGGCGGAAGGUGACGUCGGGGUGGGCGUGGGGGUAUUUGGAGGUGGUGACGUGGGGCCUCCAUUUCGAUGUGAAGGAAGUUGUCCAUGGGGGUAACGCCAUUUCGAGACCAUCAACUGGUACUCGCAAGAUACUGGUAUUCAGCGCGAUUGCUCUGAACAUCACGAGUUCCUUCACUCCAGUGAUUGCAUACGUCGCUUCUAAUGAACAUUUUGAUUCUACAGGAGUGAUGAGGGAGAUGACGAUAUGGUUACCGUCUUUGGCGGCACAAAUGUGGGCGCAAGCGGCUGAAGAUUACGAGAAGCAAUCUCUUGAAUUUCUCGCCGUAACAAUGAAACUUACCGCCCUCGUCACCGUCAUCGCGGGCACCUCUCCACCCAACGUCAACAACCCAGCUUACAAACACCUAGGCUUUGGACUCCUCGUCCCCAACCAGGCGGACUCCACAGCAUGGCUUCCUGUUCCCCACGCUGCUGGCUCAGCAGGGGAAAACGGACCUGCUCAGCACCACCCGUGCGGAGGACGUGACCGAUUCAGGAACCGCAUCCAGGUAAAGACCUUAGAAAUUUCCGUGGAGCCUUUUUCCACCACCCUCACCACCCGCACCCUCACCCGCCCCAUGAAGAACACCCCAGAAAGCACCACCACGAGCACCACCACAAAGGUCCCGAGGGUGAGCACGGCGGCGAGGAUCGCUUCCCCACACUUCUCCCCAUCGUCGCCAGUGACCACCGCUCCCAUAAAUCCCUACUCACACGGCUACCAGUUCCACCUCUUUGAGAACAACAACAACUUCGGAGGGCGUUCUUUGCCGGCACGGGCCAUCCGACGACAGAAAAUCAAAACUUUACCGCCCAUUCGAGGUGUGCUAUUCAUCCUUCGGAAAGCGGAGUGGAAUAUCGACCACGGCAAACUAUUGAUAGUUUUAGUUGGCGCCACCACUGGCCAGUACCACCUCCUUUUCGGUCUUCCCUACCUGAAAUUAGGUGGUCGUCUUGCAUCACCCAAUCUCACUGUGUAUGCUCCCAUCGUCUCCCUCGCACAAUCUCAACCUGCUAAUAACUCUUCAGAACAGGCAAUGAAAUCCUCCGUCCCCACCCUUGAUUUCGAACAACCUCAGAUCAUGAACCAACAAGCUGAGCUUCAAGUUGAGAGCUUGAAGAACGAGACUGAAUCGUUCAACGUUGGAGAGGUGCCGAGUGAUGAAUGGGAAAGGCUCAUCACGCAGAAACAUGUGUUUGGAGUGUCGAGGCCCGACACUCCAACGUGGAGUGCAGGAACAAGGUUGAGGACAAGAGGAGGGAGAAGACAGAAGAAGUUGAGGGGUCAAAUUGGUACAGCAGAUCGCAGGCACGAUUGCAGCACAGCAACAGGUAUCAGGACCAUUUCAGUCUCGCUUAACGCCUGCGGUUCUUUGUCUUCGUUGAAUUUCAACACGAUCGGUGGACAAGGCGAGAAACAUCAGGGACGAAGGAUCAACACAGCGGUGGGGACUCGCACCAUAAGUGUGGCGGGGACUCACACAACGGGCGUGGUGGAAACUGACACCACCACUGACCAGCAAGACUGCUGGAACUUGCACCAUAACAAACUGGACAGUGCACCCUCACAUCGACGGCGGCACAAUCGUCAAGCUCACGUCGAACUCUCCCAUUGGCUGGGUCGGUCUGACCCGAUCGUCAAUGUAUCAUGGAUGGUUACAAACAAGUUUUGA